CCGGCGGGGCUGGGCCGCCUCGGCGGGGCAGUGCGGAGCGCCGGGGAUGCGGAGCGGCCGGGCCCCGGGCAGAUGAUGGCGAUACGCGAGCUGAAAGUGUGUCUGCUUGGAGAUACUGGUGUUGGGAAAUCGAGCAUCGUCUGUCGGUUUGUCCAGGACCACUUUGAUCAUAAUAUUAGUCCUACUAUUGGAGCAUCCUUCAUGACUAAAACUGUGCCAUGUGGGAACGAGCUUCAUAAAUUUUUGAUCUGGGACACAGCUGGUCAGGAACGGUUUCAUUCCUUGGCUCCAAUGUACUACCGAGGUUCAGCAGCAGCCGUGAUAGUGUAUGAUAUCACCAAACAGGAUUCAUUUCAUACUUUGAAAAAAUGGGUGAAAGAACUAAAAGAACAUGGUCCUGAAAACAUUGUAAUGGCCAUCGCUGGAAACAAGUGUGAUCUGUCUGAUAUCAGGGAGGUUCCUAUGAAGGAUGCCAAAGAAUAUGCAGAAUCUAUAGGUGCAAUUGUUGUUGAAACCAGUGCAAAGAAUGCUGUUAACAUUGAAGAACUUUUUCAAGGAAUAAGUCAGCAAAUUCCACCCUUAGAUCCUCAUGAAAACAGUAACAAUGGAGCAAUCAAACUUGGAAGGCAGACUUCACAGACGGGUAGGCGGUGCUGCUGACCCAACUUGAUCUUUUUAGAUUUACUUGAAAAACAGCACCAUUUGCUUUUUUUUUCACUGAGAGAGGACUUCAUGAUCUCAGUGACGUGGCUCCUUAUCUUGAAAGCAGUAAUUUCAAUACUUCCCAUGAGCAAUAACGCAAGGACCAGAAGCAGAAGGCUUUACUUCAAAGGGAUUUUGCAAAACCCAGUUGGAAAAUCCUCUCUAAUAUCCUGUCAAAAUUACAAUGUCAAAGUACUCCGAUUCUGUGUUUAAACCAGUGACUGUUUUGUUGGAGUUUUUUUAAAUAAAAAUAUCAGGUUUUAAAUAAAAUUUGGGUUUGCUGCAAAAACUUAUCUUCUUACAUUUGCAAAGUGGACUUGGCCUGUUUUUAGAGUUUUCUCUGUAAUAAUAGGGUGAAAAAAUCCCGUAAAACCUGAAUUUUGGCUUACAGUUUCUCUGCCAUCUUUUUAGCUGGACUCUGCUUCACGAUUUUUCUAAAUCUGCAGCUUCAUCUCCUACUUUCAGUAAACAUCAGCAAGAAGUGGACUGAAUUUGCUAACUGAAGAAAAAAAAAGGAUCCAAAGGAUGAGUGAAUGCAGUUUUUAUGGACUGGAAGUCAAAAUCUGUGUCAGGAAGUGCUGUGUAUGUGGAAGAAGGAGUUGUCACGAAGGAAACUGCUGGACCCCAUACAGUUCCAGUGUGCUCCAGAAAGAAGUGAAAAUGCAGCCCCUGUGUAGAGUGGGAUGAUUCCCUGUGCAGGGUGUGGGUUUCAAUAGUUGCUGAAAAUGUAAAAAGAGGAUAAAUACAGGCUUAAUAUCCACUGCUUACCAGGGUUCCUCCAGAUCUGUGCCUCAGACCAAAGUUGUCUGUGUUCAAAGUUGCGUAUUCCUUGGUUUCUGAAAGAGGGUGCCACAGUGCCCCACUCCUUGUGGUCUCACUGCUGUGCUCCAAGAGGUAUUUGAGCUCAAAGAACGAUAUUUCUGUACAAAAAACUGCACAAGAGAGCACAAUAUUAUUUGGGGUUAGAGGCUGGAAUCUAAAAAACAAACGUGAAUGUUUGCUUACAGAUGUAAUUCCCUGAAUUUGUGGAGUAAUCUUCUCAAUUGUGUGGGGAUGUGGUGUGGAAGGCACACUAUGUGAUAUCUUUGAAGCGUGAUGCACUUGGAAAUGCAGUGGAGGAGAGAAUUCCUAUAGAGGGUUAUGAAGUAGAAAUAAUGUAAAACCGUAUGUGUUUUCAACUUCUGUCUUUUAUGAAUGUGUGUGACUGAGAUGAUAAAAUCCAAAUUUAUCUUCUUCAUCAAUUUCAUUGGAAGUGGGAAUUAGAGUAAGAAAUGCUGUAUUCAAAACCAGAGCCCAGCCUGAAUUCCACAACAUUAAUUUGUUCUCUUAUGAGGAAAAUUAUCGCCACUGCACAUUUUCAGGAGGGCUUAUGAAAAGCAAACAAAAGGGAAAAAUAACUUUCCACAAUAAAUCAUGAGCAGGCAGCCAAGAGCGUUGUUUCCGUGUUGAUACAUAGAAAACCAGACCUCAUUGGCUGGUUGGAAGAUUGCUUAGAUAAAAUGUCACUAAUUGUUAGGGCUUGAAACAGAGCCAGAUAAAAUCAACAGGAACAUUUUGUCUCCAGAGGGUUUGGAGUAGCAUAGGUGGGAAAUAUCCCUCUGCAUUUUAUUUGAGAACAUAUGCUGCAUUGUUUUUUCACAUAUAAGUAGUUUCUCCUAUAUUUUGGCCUCUUUUGAAAACACUCAUUCUAGAAAAUACAGCCUUGGAUAUUUUGGCUAAACUUUCGGUUUUCAGUUGCACUGAUAUAUGAUCCAUGUCUCUGUCUCAUUGCAGCAAGUAUUUAACUGAUAAUCUAGGGUUAUUUAAGUGAAAAUUCAAUAAUCAUCAUUGUGGAUAGCAGGGGAGGAAGACAGGCACCUUUAGGGAACAUUUAAUUCCAUCCCAGUACAAGCAAGUCUGACAGGGAUGCCUGGCUGUUUCACUUGACUGCAGAGGGAAAAGCUUAAUGUGGCCUUCAGUGCUGAGGAAAUACCAAACUUACCAACAUCACAGGUUCAUACAUUUUGUGAGUCCAUGACCCAGUGCUGGAAGAGAUCUGAUUCCUCCUAUGUAAAACCCAGUAAGAGGCUAGACCAGUUACCCAGAAAACAAGGUGAGAUCAAACCCAUGUUUUUAGAGGUGCCAUAAACUUUUGUUCUAUACAUAGCAGUUAUCCAUAAUUGAUUUUUAAGCUUUUGUAAAUCAUUGUUACAUAUUUUUAUCUUUUCUGGCAUCUCAAAACUUACUAAAUCCUAACUGAGAUGUCUGAAAGCUUUGUAAGACAAUUUUGUGAGUACCUUGUAUACUCUAAUUUAUGUUAGAACUGGCAAUUGAUGCUGAUUUUUAUGGGAUGUUGUCCUGAACAACCAGCCCUCACAGCUGGCUUUGAGCAGUAUAUGAAUCAGAACAGGUUUAUGAGUUAUAUAUUAAAAUAGUUUUAAAUUGGAAGUUUUUACAAUGGAUCUCUGACAGAUUUUAAAAUUUGAAUGGUGACUAAAGAGGUUUUACUUUUGGUAGGACAAAUCUAAAUCUCUUUGUUCUGCUUUUAGUCAAGAAAAAGAUUUAAAUUAAUAAGGAAUCUGAUUGUAUGAGUUCUUGAGAUUUGGGUUACUGGAAGCUUCAGUAGGGAAGUCUGAAGCCAGAAUAAAAAUAACAGGCCAAUGUGCUGUGUAGAGCAUCUUGCAUUUUCUCUGAACACAGGGCUCACUUUUGACAAUAUUGUUGCCUCUCUGCUGUUUGUCAAAGCCAAGGUGCAGCCUCUUCAAAUUGGGCAAUUGUUUAUUUAAAAAAUAGUGAUUUUUAAAUGUAAAAUUAAUGAUUUCUGCUUCCAUUGGUUGCUUGUGUUUCUUGGAAAGUACCACCACCCUUCAUAAACAGUCAGAAAAAUGACAAUCUCAGAGUUGAAAGUUUUAGCAGCAACUGGAAUUCGUCUUAGUAGUUAAUGGCUGGUGAAAGGCUGAAUUACUGUACUGGAGCACCUGACUGUGUAACUGAUCUUCUCUAAUAAUAAUAAUAAUAAUAAUAAUAAUAUCAAUGCUGCAGUUCUUGGUUAGCCAGCUGGUGCUGGAUUUGUGCAAGACUGAUUUUCUCAAGAGAGCUGGCAGCAGGACUGAGGCACAGGCUGUAGUGCCAAGGAUAUUUGGUGGAGCUUGUUUGCACUGUGACUCAGGACUGUGACUGUCCAGUUGAGGGUGACUUGCUUUUCUGGCUUGUCGUGAACAAGUUUUAAAAAAAAUUAUGAAGGAACUAGUUUUUGUAUAUGCUCUGCAUAUAUGUAUGUAUAUAAAGUACAGUUUUGUAUUGUUCUGCUGACAUGUAGUGUUUUUUUUGCUAUGUCUGGUUCUCAUAUACUACACAUUUUAUUCUGUAAGUACAUUUUUCUGUUAGUGAUCAUUUCACCUGUAUGAACUUAAAGUUGUGGAUCAAAGGUAGCAAGAAGAUAGAGAUAUGUAUAGGUACAAUUUUUGACUUGCCAUUCUUGUGCAUGAAAAUGGCAUAUUCUAGAAAAUGUUUGUCUUGCAGAUUGAUAAAUCUAAAACCAGACAUUAUUCUUCAGGAAUUGGAACUUAGAAGUAAUAAAGUGACACUCGAAAAGCUUACUAUUUUUGCUCACAGUACAACAUGUUAUCUAAAGAGCUGCAAUGUAAUAUGAGUCUAUCAAUACCUGGAAAACUUAUUUGUCAUCCCAUGUCUUCACUAAUCCUUCAUGGCACAUGGGAAUAAGGUGACUAGAUAGGUUACAUGUGUGAGCAUUCUGGCUGUUAUCAGACUGUUUCAUUACAGUGAUAUAUUUUAUUAACCUAUCCCUAAUUAUUUAAACCAGUGUCAGUGAUAAAUUUCCAGUUUAAAAUCACCUGCUAGGUAUUCUUCCUCUGUUUUGUUUAUAUAAGAGCUUUGGUUGGGCUGGACCCACUUGCUUCAUGUAUGGGAUGCUGCAAUCUGUUAAUACUUUAUCUUUUGUUUUACAUAUCAAUUGUAUCAUACCUAAUAAUAUUUUUCCCCUAAAAUGUAGUUUUUGUGUUUUAUUUAACCUACAAUGAUUAAUGCUAAUAAAUGUUUUAAAUGCCUCUGAACUGGGGCCAUCUCUGGUUUCAAUAAAGCAGAACAAAAUA